AUGGGCAGCUGGGUGCUGCUGAUGCUCUGCCUUGCCGUGGCAGCCAGAGCAUCACCUGCUACGCAACGGGAGUUCAGCUAUGAGGAGGCCAUUUCGUUGGCUAUCGACCUCUACAACCAAGAGCCAGAGGUGGAGCUGGCCUUCCGACUCCUGGAAGCCAAGCCCCAGCCGGACUGGGACCCCUCGAUGCAGUCACUCCAGGAGCUGGAAUUCACCGUGCAGGAGACCACGUGCCCACCCGCAGAGCAGCUGAACCUGGACAAAUGUGACUUCAAGGACAAGGGGGUGGUAAAGGAAUGUUACGGAACCAUCUUUUCUGAACAGGGGGCUCCCGUCAUCCGGUAUCUUUGUGAAACUGCAGGCCAGGGGCACAUCCGUGUCAAGAGGUGCAUUUGGAGGGGCAUUCGGAAAGGGAUAAAGAAAAACAAGAAAGAGAUUAAGGAGAUCAAGAAUCUCCCUCCUUGUGAAAAAUCAAGAAAGGAGAUCAAGGAACCGUUUCCUGGUUCAGGUUCCCCUAUUGGAAAAGUGCCUGUUGGCAAUGAGCAUAUUGCAUGA